UUUAGAAGACAGUGACAAUGACGGUGAUUUCGACUUCGCGAUCAUACCACGAGAACCUAGCGUGGUGACGGAUGAAGAAGAAGGUGCCGAUGAGGAUAUGGUCACAGCCUCUUUACCACAAGACAUUCCUGGGAAUAUAGAAGUAUUUAGAUGUGACGAGGCCUCAGUUUCCAGCAGUGGCAAUGACAGCAGCAAUGAUGAGCCGUUAUCCGAAAAGGCAAAGAUAAGUCGUCGUCAGCUGCCAGAUCAACCAAUAUGGCGAAAGUGUUCACCAAUAUAUUCUUCUAUAACUCAAGAGACAAGUUAUGUCACCAAAAGACAAGAAGAGGUAAAAAAGGUGUUUGAAAAUCUCACACCAGUUGAAAUAUUUGAGAAAAUAUUUGAUGAAGACGUCAUAAACUUGAUCGUAAAUAAUACAAUAUUAUACGCUAAUCAAAAUAACAGACACACAUUUCAAUUAGAUUCUGUCGAGUUGAAAAAGUUUAUGGGCAUAUUGAUACUAUCAGGAUAUCAUAAACUACCAAGAGAAGAUUUGUAUUGGUCUUAUGAUGAGGACGUAGGUCUUGAAAUAAUAUCGAAGUGUCAUUUGAAACGGCAUAUGUUGCGCAUGGAUUGUUUGGAUUUCUGA